AUGCGCGGCAAGAGCAGAAAGGAGAGCCUUUCCGAUUCCCGGGACCUCGAUGGCUCCUACGAUCAACUAACCGGCAAUCCAUCUGGUCAUGCUAAAAAAGCCCUGAAGCAGCGGUUCCUCAAGCUGCUCCCCUGCUGCCGCCAACCUAAAUCCAUCCCCUCAAUCAGCGAAAACAGCAUAGAGGAUGAGCUUGAGCUCUCUACGGUUUGUCAUCGGCCUGAGGGUCUAGAACAACUACAGGAACAAACUAAGUUCAGCCGCAAAGAGCUACAAGUCUUAUACCGAGGCUUCAAGAAUGAAUGCCCUAGUGGGAUUGUUAAUGAAGAGAGUUUCAAACAGAUCUACUCACAAUUCUUCCCACAGGGAGAUUCUAGUACAUAUGCAACUUUUCUUUUCAACGCAUUUGAUACUGACCACGAUGGCUCCGUCAGUUUUGAGGAUUUUGUAGCUGGUUUAUCCAUUAUUCUCCGUGGCACUGUAGAUGAUCGGCUCAGUUGGGCCUUCAAUCUCUAUGAUCUGAACAAAGAUGGCUGUAUCACCAAAGAGGAAAUGUUGGAUAUAAUGAAAUCCAUUUACGACAUGAUGGGCAAGUACACUUAUCCAGCCAUGAGAGAAGAUGCACCCCAGGAACAUGUGGAAAAUUUUUUCCAGAAAAUGGAUCGGAACAGAGAUGGUGUGGUGACCAUUGAUGAAUUCAUUGAAUCCUGUCAGAAGGAUGAAAACAUCAUGAGUUCCAUGAAGCUUUUUGACAAUGUGAUCUAGCUGACCACAUCUGGAGCCAAGACCAUCAUAUACACACCAGGGCUUCUCUCCUUGGUGUAUCCUGAGGCACUCUUCCCUUGGCUGCAUGGACAAAGCAGGCCCAUUUUGUGGAGACAAUCCUCAUGUACUCAAGAUCCAACUGGGGUGGGAUGGGGAAUCCCCUACAAGGGGAAUGAAAUGGGAGUCUUUGUCUAGAUUCAAUAAGGAUAGGCAAGGUGUGUGUCCUAGAAUUUACAAACUCUUAUUCUGGGAAAUUAACUACAAAAUGAAUUGUCGCCUCCCCACAAAAACUGCACUGACUGUUCACUAUAUAAUGUGCUUUUCCUUAAGACUUCUCAAAAUCACGGCAACCCCAUGAUCCUGCAUUAGGGCUUUCACACCCUCAAAUGGCAAUGUAAGCAUCAUUUUUAAAAAAAACCUAUUGUAAAUGCACUCUUACCUUCAAGGAAGGGAGUCGAUCUGAUCUGCACCAAGGUUCUCAUAGCACAUGGAGUAUUAUUCUGAUGUUUCCAACAAGUGGAGGCAAUAUUUUUCAGUCUUAA